AUGCCGUCCAAGAUUGCCACCCGGGGUGAUCGCCGCUCUCCAUCAACCACACCGACUCGUCAUCCGCCAGCCCCACACUCCACCACCUCUCGCUCUGCAAUCUUGCGCCGUCUCCACUCGAACCACGAGACAACCUCGACGCUCCAAUCUUCUGCGAUCGCGGCGAUGUCCACCCUGGCCCCUUCGGCGAUCGGGCCCUCUUCCCCUGCGACCUCGCUCCACGCGCUCACUCCGAAUCGCGCAAUCAAGGUCGUCCUGAUCGGCGACACAGGUUCGGGCAAGACCUCGUUGCGGCAUCGCUUCCUGACGAACCAGUUCUUCCCCUCAUACCGCGCAACGAUCGGAGCGGACUUCAUCACGCGCACCCUGCCCGUUGACCCGCUCAAUCCAGACGGCGAGAAAGCGACACUGCAGAUCUGGGACACGGCCGGUCAGGAGAGAUUUCAGAGCUUGGGAAGCGCGUUUUAUCGUGGCGCAGACGCCGUAGUUGUUGCGUUUGAUGCGAGCAGCGAAGGUGGAAAGGAGAGGGUGAGGGACUGGGUCAAGGUGUUUUUGGACAAGGGGGAUGGGUUGGGGGAGGAGGAAAAGGGGAGCUUCUGCUGGAUUUGCGCGGCGAACAAGGUCGAUCUGGCAGAUGUGGAUCGAGAGGCGGUGUGGGAGGUGCUCGAUUCGUGUGUGGCGAGAGGAGUGGGGCAGGCGGAUGUGGGGCUGGGUGGCGAGGGGGCGGGCGAGCCCGCGGAUCCAGGGGAGGUAUUAUCGAGACCCGAUCCGAACGGGACGGACAGCACGCCGAGUGGGGAGGCGGCGGACACAUCACCCACGCCAGCGAGCAAAGACGCAAACGACCCGGCACCGAACGGAGGAACGGUCAAGACGCUCUACGCAACACCGUUCAACACGCUCUCCCAAGCGCCGCAGCUGAGCAGCUCGCCCACCGCCGCAUCCAGCAAGCAGGAUUCGGGAUCUGGGUUUCUCUCGAGUUGGAGGCGCAAGUCGAAACCUCAACCGAGCCAAGCGGGGAGGGGGCAUGCGAAGCGUCAGUCGAUCCGCAGCAUCGAGGUGUUCCAGAGCGACAGCGAGGAGUCGGAUAGCGGAACAGAGGGAAGGUCCAGAGGGUUCGCCUUCCCUUCAUCGUCCAAAAGUCGGACCGGUGGGAUGCAAGAUACUCCUCCACGCAGCGUUCAGAGCGGCAGCAAAGGCGGCGAACGACGGCGAAUGGACUCGACGCUGAGCACCAACGCCCCUUCCGUGUAUCACACUCCGAGGGGGAGCACGGUUCUCAGCGCCAGCCCGUCGCUCACUAGCACCCUCGCGGGGGAGAGCAGCAGCACGCACCUCGCCGCUGAAGAUCAACCCAAACAGAGCAGCAGCGCGCACCUGACCCCAUCUCGCACCCCCACAGCCGAUAGCAAACGCACCUCCAUGGCUUCGUCCACCCUGACCAUCCGACCGCCAAAGAGCAUCAACGACCUGUUCAAUCCUUCCUCAGCAGCACCCGCCUCCCCCUCCUCACCAGCAGCACCGCACGCACCGCCCACGCCAACCUCCACCUUGCCCCCCCGCACCCCGUCCACCAUCUCCAUCCCCGUGGAACCCGCACCUCCCCCCACGACCGGUGCCACCGCUCAUGGGCUGGAACAGGGCUUUACGCUCUUCGAAACGUCCGCCCGGACAGGUCAGAACGUCGACCGGCUCUUCGCGCACAUCGUGUCGCGCGUGGUGGCGCACCAGGCUUGGCAGGUGGCGCAGUUGACCGAGCAAGAGACGCACGAGGAGAGGAACGAGAGGGAAAGGAGGGAGGAGGAGGUCAUGCGACGCACCAUCCGGCUUGCGAGUGGCAAGGGCAACGAGAGGUGGUUUGGCUGUUGUUAG